AUGGUGACGCUGGAGGAUGAAUUGAGAACAAAGUACGUUGAAGAAUUAUUUCAAUUUGCGCUGACUUCUGAUGACGAGAGCUUUCAUAAUUUAUUGUACACAUGGCUUUAUGAACGUGGCCACUCGCACCUGUUGACGUCAAUCCGCUCCCCGUACAUCGAAGAAUUUUUAAAACACAAGGACCAAGAUCUCCUUAUCAAGCUUCACAUGGACCAACACAGAUAUCUUUUGGCUGCAAAAAUCUGGUGGGCUCGUGCUCACGAGGAUACUGUAGGUGAAAAUGAAUUCACAGCUACAUCAAAUUUGAUAGUUGGAAAGAAUUUGGACAUUGUCAAGCGGCAGUAUUAUGUAUCUAAGUCACUGGGUUGUCUGAAGAGUUUGGAAGAUGUAGGCGAAGUAUCCGAGGCAAUUAAGGAGGUACGCGAUGUACUGGAUGUGCUGCAGCUGCAGGUUCGUGUGUUAAAAACACUCGAACAACAGAUAAUGGAGCUAGAGACGUCGUCCGCGGUGCCCAACGACGAUCUGGAGGCACGCAAAUUAGACUUGGAGAUACUGACGUUCAAGCUGCUUGAUGCGUCAACCUUGUAUAAUCAAUUUGCUUCCAAGUACAGCAUGUGGACCGAGUGUCUGCAAAUUAUUCACGUGUGCAAAUCAGAAGAAGGCGACGUUAUUGCGAGUCUGUGGCGAAAAAUCAUCUUUAGCCUGCUGCCUCCUUCUUCAAUCAAUUCAGCAUUCAACGCAUGGCGCUUAGAUCAGUGCGAAAAGGCUGGUCUAUCAGCAAUGUCGAGUAGAUCGAAUGCAAAUGCUUCUUUUGAGAGUGGCAAUUGGAUUGGACGCAUGCAGUGCAAACUAUUGCGGCUAGGAAAGUCUCUAUAUUGGGAAGACGACGACCGACACAGCGGCGCGGCUGCUGGUAUGGGUGAGCUAGUAUUUCCAGUCGGGUUUCUGGCUGAUGUACUCGAGUGGAUUUCGCUGUGGUACAUUCGAUCGACAGGCAUAGGCGCAUUCACUGGCAGCGUAGCUUCGGCCGCAGCUAUUGACGCCACAACGUUCAAUUGGGUGCUCAAGCUUUUUCUGGAUGUAGGCGUGCCGCAUCAUGUAUUACUUAGCUGUUAUGAACAGCUGUACCGUGAACAGUCUGAGCGACUUUUUCGCGAAGGGUGGACGCUGCACUUGCUGCAGUCAAUGGUGGCAAUCAUCACAAUUUGGAAAAAACACGUCAUUUCUUCACGUGCUGGAAAAGAUCAACUUGCAGAAUUUGCAGCGUGCUGUCCUAAUGUUGUCGACCUCUGCGACGGAUUUAUAACGGAUCUGCGUGCCACAUCACAAGAUGGCAAUGGGGACGCUAUGGCAUUGCUCGAUCAAAUUCGUCGAGUUAAGAGUGAUCUAAUCAAUUUUAGAACGUUUAUGUAG